AUGUCUAAUCAAUAUCCAAGUAGUACUACGACAUCGACACGGUCGAUUCCUUCACGUCGAAAAUGGUUUAUCGAUUUACAAAUGCGUAAACAUGAACGUUUAGCAGUUGCUACUACGACAGUAGCAAGUAGUGAUAGUGUCUCACCAACAACAACAACCGCUACUAAUACUCUUAUGUUAACACCUGUUGGUUAUAGCGAACAAAGAGUAGCAGAUAUAGUGACGCACGAGGAUGGUGAUCAUUUAUUAGCUAAACGUUCAUGGGAUAUAGCAUUACAACCAAUAAAACAAUUACCAAUGAAUAUGAUUUUUGCAUGGAUGGCUGGCAAUUCAUUUUCACUUAUGUCAAUUAUGAUUGUUGUUAUGUUAUUUAUGAAACCAAUACAAUCCAUAUUUUCUCUUGGCUCAGCAUUUUCAUCAAUACAACAUGAAGGUGUAGCUAACAAUAUAUGGUUACAUAAAAUUAUCUACUUUUUGGGUAAUUUAACACAUUUAGCAUUAGCUUUAUAUAAAUGUCAAUCGAUGGGUUUAUUACCAACUUAUAAUUCGGAUUGGAUUGCAUUUGCUGACCAACAAACACAAAUGGAAAUGACUAUUGGAGGAUUUUCUUAUACCUAA